AUGAUAAAAGAACUUUAGAUAAAAUGUUCUAUUGAAGGACAUGAUUAUGUUGAAUUAGCUUGUUUAAAUGAAAAAUGUAAAGCUAAUAGAGUUUAUUGUCAUGAAUGUCUUAGGAAUGGAGAUCAUGUUGCUCAUAUUAAGGAUUAGAAGAAUUUAAAGGAACUAAUUGAGUUUUUUUAUAAUGUUGAAUAAGAAAAUGGAAGAUUAAUAUCAGAAUUAAGUUUGAUAUUUGGAGAAAUAAUCAAAUUAUUUGAAUAAUUAAAUUAAGAAUUGGAAUUAAAAUAUCGAUUCUCUAAAGAGAGGUUGUUAGGAUUGAAUGCAAAGCAAUUGAAUUCAGUUUUAGAUUAUGUGAUCAAAUAUGAUGAAUUUAAAAAAGGUUUAUUUGACGAAAUAAAGAAAUGUUCAGAUGAUAUGAUCAUAUCAUUAAAAAUAUAUAUAACAGAGUUGAAAAUAGAGUAAGUAUAUUAUAUUUAAUCUAAUCAAUAAGAAAAAGUAGAAUAAUUAUAUUAAAAAGGUAAUCCCAUGAUUUAUUUAGGAUACAAAUUAUAUGUUGAUGAUAAAUAUAAAGAAGCAAUUAAAUUAUUGGGUGCUGCAUUACUCAUGAAUCCUAAACAUUUCAAUUCAUUAUAUAUAAAAGGUAUACAAAUCAUACAAAAAUGUAUUAGCUGAUUCUUUAAAAAUGAUUGGGAAAUACAAAGAUGCAAUUAUAUGGGCAGAUAAAGUUUUGUCUAUAGAUUCGAACCAUGUUGGUUCAUUAUUUACAAAAGGUAUAAAAUCGUACACAAAUUUAUUAGCUGAAUCUUUAAAAAUGCUUGGGAAAUACAAAGAUGCAAUUAUAUGGGCAGAUAAAGCUUUGACUAUAGAUUCAAACCAUGUUUAUUCAUUAUCUACAAAAGGUAUAUAAUUUUACACAAAUGUAUUAGCUGAAUCUUUAAAAAUGCUUGAUAAUUAUAAAGAAGCAAUUAUAUGGGCAGAUAAAGCUUUGUCUGUAGAUUCUAAGCAUGUUGGUUCAUUAUUUACAAAAGGUAUAAAAUCGUACACAAAUUUAUUAGCUGAAUCUUUAAAAAUGCUUGGGAAAUACAAAGAUGCAAUUAUAUGGGCAGAUAAAGUUUUGUCUAUAGAUUCGAACCAUGUGAAUUCAGUAUAUAUAAAAUGUAUACAAAUCAUAAAAAAUGUAUUAGCUGAUUCUUUAAGUAUGCUUGGGAAUCACAACGAUGCAAUUAUAUGGGCAGAUAAAGCUUUAUCUAUAGAUUCAAACCAUAUCAAUUCAUUAUUUACUAAAGGUAAUUUAACUUCUUACACAUAGGUGACUCAUUAAAAAUGCUGGGUAAAUAUAAAGAAGCUCUUACGAUUUUAGACUAAGUAUUGAAUCUUAAUCCAAAUCAUGAUACAUCUUUAGUUAGUAAAGGUUUACUAUAUUUUAAUUCAUUUAGGAAACUGUUUACAACAAUUAUAAAAAUAUUCAGAAGCUAUUAUUUUUUACAAUAAGGCUAUUUAGAUCAAUCCUGAUUAUUAAUGGGCUAAAAAUUAUAAAGGUAUUUUAUAAUUUAUAUUUAUAGCUGAAUGUGAGAAAUAACUCAAACUCAAAAAGUGA